CUACAACUCCUGCGCCCAUUUGACCCGUGUCGCAUAAGCAAAUUGCACAGUCAACCGUCUCUGGAUAUCCAGCUGGAGUGUCUUACAAGUUUAAAAGUUUUUGAUGUUUACAUACUAUAUAUAUCAUCCUUAGCACUGGUAGCUAUGACCAGUUGCGGAGCCACACUUCUUUUCCCCAGCGGAUCAUAAUGCCAGACUACCAUCCACCAACCGACCUUGAAGAAGUUGUAAACUCUGAAGUCAAAGAGUGGCACUUCCAUAUCUACUUCCAUCAGCGCAACGCUGAUGAGCACCAGGCUGCAUUGGACUUGCGUGAUGCUGUCCUGCGUCUAAGGCGUGAUGGAGCGUUCGUCGCUGUGCCAUUAUUUCGUGUGAACACCGAUCCCAUUGGCCCUCAUCCAGUCGGUUCAUACGAAAUCUGGGUGCCUUCGACCUCGUUUUCCUCGGUAUUUUCGUACCUUUGCAUGAACAGGGGUAAUCUAAGUAUACUGGUACACCCAUUGACCCGUGAAGAGCGGGCACCUUUGCAGAGAAAAGACCAUGAACUCCGGAAUGCGUGGAUUGGUCCUCCAUUCCCUCUUGAUUUGUCUACUCUCCCGGUGAAGACUGAAGAGUUACCUUUACAAUAUCCGAGUCUGAAGCUAGGAUACUCUGCAGCAGAACCUGAAUUUUCCCUCGAUCAGCGCCGCCGCAUCGGUGCCAACCUCGAGCGCAUCCUGAAAGGCGAGAAGGAAGCUGCCAGGGCUCCCAUGAAUUAACGAUUUGAGCCAUCUGAUCGAUUGAAACUGUUGGUUUUACGACUUAUAGUGAUUUUUUAUGCAUAUUUAGCUACAAUGUCAGUAUGUGCUGGCGUAACGGUACGCGGAUGAAUGAACAUAUGAACAUUUACCGCCGUCCCAUCAUAAUUCAAUAACACCCAGUACUACUACAGCUAUUACUGUUC